AUGGACCUGGUCAUCCAGCACCCUGGGCUGCGGCGCGUGCGGGGCCCAGUGCCCCCCGGCCAGCUGCUGGAGCUGCUGGGGCCCUGGGACGUGCCCCUCCCCCGGGCCCUGAUCCACCUGGCGCUGCUCUCCGGCAUGUCUGAGGUGCGGAGCGAACCGGGUAGGUUCACUGUAUCCCUGGAUGUGACGCACUUCCUCCCAGAGGAGCUGGCCGUGAGCGUGCGGGGGGACUUUCUGGAGAUCCAGGGGCGCCAUGCAGAGAGGCAGGAUGCCCACGGCUGUGUUUCCAGAGAGUUCUGCCACCGCUACCAGCUGCCCCCGGACGUGGACCGGACAGCCCUGAUCUGCACCCUGGCCUCCAACGGGAUGCUGAUCUGCUCGGGGCCCAGGGUGGCGAGCGAGGCCGCGGGCACCAUCCUGGGCCCAGCCCCUGAGUGGCAGGAGAUGCCCGACCCCACGCCCGCACUCUGA